AUGGUCAAUAAAAAACGUUUGGGGACGGCAGGUGAUAGUGCAGCGGUGGUAACUGAUACCAGUGAGAUGCAGGUGGAUAAUGAUGGUGAACAAGAUGACGUCAUUACCGAAACAGCCGACAACAAUUCAGAGGAAGCUAACACUCGAGAACCAACACAAACUGACCACCUCAACAAGAAACUGUUAGAAGCGUUUUUAUCAAGAAUUAACACGAGCAAUGAUGGACAAGCAGCCUCAUGUGAUGGUCCCAACGAUUCGUCAGACUGGGUUGACGAGACUACCUAA